AUGACAGUUACUGACAGAUGCACCAAAUGGACCGGGACCACAACGCAUCGUCCAAUUCCCCGAGAAGUUGAUGCACGGAACUAUUUGACAGCACGCGGACCAAAAUAUGGAUGGCCCGUCAAAGACACUAAAGUCACUAAGCACCUACAAGUUAAGGCACAAAAGGUCAAGGACUUGCUGGUGGAGUUGGAAGCCAAGAAACAGCUGAGGGAGGAGAGACGGGAAAAUGACUACCCCAGUUUGAGUCCCUACCCUGGGCCGAGUACUGAGAAGAUUAUAAAUAACAGGCACAUGACCAAGGCUCAAAAGGAUCAGGCUUAUGUGGAGAAACAUGUAAACAGUUGCAGAACGAUGAUCUAUGAUUUGAAGAGACUGUUUGAUGGACAACCAGCCCAGUCCCAUCCCAGGGAACAGGCAUGGAGGCAAGAGCUAGCUAACAUUGAGAAGAGACUGACUCUCCCGAAGACGGUGAUAGCUGUGGUAGGGAACACAGGAGAAGGAAAGUCCAGCCUGAUAAACGCUGUGCUCGACCAUCACAAUGUCCUGCCUACUUCCAGCAUGCGGGCGUGUACAGCUGUCGUGGUAGAGGUUGUUCGUAAUUCAGCUAGCAAUAUAUUCGAGGCAGAUAUCGAGUUCAUGAAGAAAAAGGAAUGGUUUGAUGAGAUACAGAUCCUGCUGAAGGAUCUCACAGGGCUAGACUGCACAAUCAAGAAGAAUGCGCCUGACCCAGCGUCAGAUGCAUACGUCUCCUACUGCAAGGUCAAGGCUGUUUACGGAAGGAUCGACUCCUUUGAGAGCCUGUCCAGAAUUACCACCAUUACCCACUGUCUUGGCAGGGUCAAGGUGAUCAAGGAAAAUAAUCCUGAAGCAUUCCGCCGCCAAGUGGAGAAGUACAUAGAGACUCAGGAUCCAGUUGCUGAAGGUCAAUACUGGCCGAUAGUGAAGCACGUAAGACUACGAAUACCCAAGUGUGAUGUGUUCAGUAGUGGGACCGCACUAGUCGAUCUACCGGGGGUGAGGGACUCGAACGCUGCCAGGGAUAAGAUUGCAAAGGAUUACCUGAAGAACUGCACAGCUGUAUUGGUAGUCUCCAGUAUCAACAGAGCGGUCUAUGACAAGGUGGCGAAAGACUUGCUAGGAGAGAAAUUUCGACGCCAGUUGCUCAUGGAUGGACAAUACGGCAAUAUCGCCUUCAUUUGCACCAAAACAGAUGUCCUCAUGCCCUCAGAAAUCAUCAGGUCACUUAAUCUUGAAGAGAAAACCAAAGAAUAUGAAGUUAAGGUGAAAAACAUGGAGAAUGAGAAGGCUGCUCUUGACAUUGAAAUCACUAACGUCAACAAAUUGUUACCAGGACUACGAAAGAGUAUAGAGAAGCAGAAAAAUGAAGCUCGGCCAAUAAGGGACACUCUGGCUAAGAUUGACUCCCUGCUAGAACCAGCAGAAGGGAAACAGGAUGAGGCGAAGUUUGCUAUGACAGGGGGAACAUGUGUGCAUGUACUUUGAAGGUUACAUUACAG